CCGGCGGAGGCUGGCUGUCGCCUGACCGGAUGAUGACAGAAGAAGUUUUUCGGUCUAAUGUCUCUACUUUUACUAUGCAAUCUGCAAGAGUGUGACCUCGCCGCGGCUGUCGGGGCUCUGGGAUCUUGACCUCGCCGUGUUUCGAUCGACCCAACUCGCGCAGACUCGUUGCAGGCGCCUGUGCCAUCUGGGAAGUUCGGGUUGGUUGGCUGUCGGAGCGAUCCUUGGGUUCGCGUAGUUGACCGGGGGAGGAGAGCAGGACAGAGCCCGGGUUGGACGGACCGAGUCGCCGCAAUGGGAAACCGGGGGAUGGAAGACCUCAUUCCCCUCAUCAACAAGCUCCAGGACGCGUUCAGCUCCAUCGGCCAGAGCUGCAACUUGGACCUGCCGCAGAUAGCGGUCGUCGGCGGCCAGAGCGCAGGGAAGAGCUCCGUGUUGGAGAAUUUCGUUGGCAGGGACUUUUUGCCCAGAGGCUCUGGCAUCGUCACCCGUCGUCCUCUGAUCCUCCAGCUGGUUAACAGUGUCGCAGAGUAUGCGGAGUUCCUGCACUGUAAGGGCCGCAAGUUUGUGGACUUUGAUGAAGUCCGUAUGGAGAUUGAAGCAGAGACCGAGCGUCUUACUGGAUCCAACAAGGGCAUCUCCCCCAUCCCCAUCAACCUCCGUGUUUACUCCCCAAAUGUGCUGAACUUGACCCUCAUCGACCUGCCGGGGAUGACCAAAGUGGCCGUGGGGGACCAGCCUCAGGACAUCGAGCACCAGAUCAGAGACAUGCUGCUGCAGUUCAUCACCAAGGAGAGCUGUCUGAUCCUCGCCGUCACUCCGGCCAACACUGACCUGGCCAACUCUGACGCCCUCAAGAUAGCCAAGGAGGUGGACCCUCAGGGUCUGCGGACUAUUGGUGUGAUCACUAAACUGGACCUGAUGGACGAAGGGACAGACGCACGAGACAUCCUGGAAAACAAACUACUGCCACUGCGCAGAGGUUACAUUGGGGUGGUGAACCGCAGUCAAAAAGACAUUGAUGGGAAGAAAGACAUCCGGGCUGCUUUGGCUGCUGAGAGGAAAUUUUUCCUGUCCCAUCCCGCAUACAGACACAUUGCAGAACGCAUGGGCACACAACACCUGCAGAAGACCCUCAACCAGCAACUUACCAACCACAUCCGCGACACGUUGCCAGGGUUACGCAGCAAGCUGCAAAGCCAGCUCUUAUCGCUGGAGAAAGAGGUGGAGGAGUACAAGAACUUCCGCCCUGACGACCCCACACGCAAGACCAAGGCCUUACUUCAGAUGGUGCAGCAGUUUGGUGUUGACUUUGAGAAGUGCAUCGAGGGCUCUGGGGAUCAGGUGGACACUUCCAACCUGUCCGGUGGAGCGAAGAUCAACCGCAUCUUUCAUGAACGCUUCCCCUUCGAGCUGGUGAAGAUGGAGUUUGACGAGAAGGAGCUGAGGAAAGAGAUCAGUUAUGCCAUCAAGAACAUCCACGGAGUGAGGACAGGCCUGUUCACCCCCGACCUGGCGUUUGAGGCUAUAGUGAAAAAGCAGGUCAUUAAGCUGAAAGACCCCUGUCUGAAAUGCGUCGACCUCGUCGUCACCGAGCUUGUCGCCCUGAUCAGGAAGUGCACAGAAAAGCUGGGCUCGUACCCACGGCUAAGAGAAGAGACGGAGAGAAUCGUCACCACCUACGUCAGAGAGCGAGACAGCAAAACGAAAGACCAGGUGCUGCUGUUGAUUGACAUAGAGCUCUCCUACAUCAACACUAACCAUGAGGACUUCAUUGGAUUUGCCAAUGCCCAGCAAAGGACCUCCACUAACGCUACCAAGAAGAGAGUCAUGCCCAAUCAGGUGAUCCGCAGAGGCUGGCUCACCAUCAACAUCAGCAUCAUGAAGGGAGGAUCCAAGGACUACUGGUUCGUCCUGACUGCCGAGUCUCUCUCCUGGUAUAAAGAUGAGGAGGAGAAGGAGAAGAAGUACAUGCUGCCUCUGGAUAACCUGAAGCUGAGAGACGUGGAGAAAGGCUUCAUGUCUAGCAAACAAGUGUUUGCCAUCUUCAACACAGAACAGAGGAAUGUGUAUAAGGACCUGCGUCAGAUUGAGCUGGCGUGUGACACUCAGGAGGACGUGGACAGCUGGAAGGCUUCGUUCCUCAGAGCUGGUGUUUACCCAGAGAAGGACCAGCCUGAGAACGAAGAUGCGAUGGUUCCCAGCGACACAGUUUCCAUGGACCCUCAGCUGGAACGGCAAGUGGAGACCAUCCGCAACCUCGUGGACUCCUACAUCGGCAUCGUCAACAAGUCCAUCAGAGACCUCAUGCCCAAGACCAUAAUGCACCUCAUGAUCAACAGUGCGAAGGACUUCAUCCACUCUGAGCUGCUGGCCUACCUGUACUCAGCAGGAGACCAGGGCAGUUUGAUGGAGGAGUCAGCGGAGCAGGCUCAGAGGAGAGAUGAGAUGCUGAGGAUGUACCACGCUCUGAAAGAAGCCCUGGUCUUAAUCGGAGACAUAAGCACCACCACUGUCUCCACCCCAGUGCCUCCGCCAGUGGAUGACGGCUGGAUACCCAAGGAGCCAAGUCCUCCUCCCGCAACCCGCCCUGCCUCAGCAGCAGCUCCCCCUCCCAGCCGACCCCUGGGUGUGAGGGGGCCCGCCUCGGGUCCUCCGCCCGCCCUCAACCCCUCACCAGCAUUUGGAGCACCGCCUGUGCCUUCGCGCCCCGGCCCUCCACCGGGGCAAGCAGCUUACGCAGGCGACCCCAACUCGGGUUCUGUGCCUCUUGUCCCAUCACGGCCGGCCCGUGUGCCUCCGGCCCUGCCGCCGGGAAUUCCCAGCAGAAGACCCCCAGCUGCUCCCAACCGACCUACUGUCAUACGUCCUUCAGAGCCCUCCCUGCUUGACUAGAAUCUCUCUCUCACACACACACACACACACACACACACACACACACACACACACACACACACACACACACACACACACACACACACACACACACACACACACACACACACACACACACACACACACACACACACACACACACACACACACACACACAUCUUUGUGUUUACACACUUAUAUUUCCGGAUGCUGUUUCAGUCUGUGCAUUUCAGAUGCAUUGUUUAUGUAUUUUUGUAACUUUUUGUGUAGGUUUUUAGUUUUUUUAACAAAGAAAACAAUGACAUUUUCUUCUUUAACUAUUAUGAAAAGGGAUACAUUUGAUGAUUUUAUUGACUUUAAGAUCAUGAACCAAGUAGGUCAUCUUGAAUUUUUGUUUCAUUUAAAAUUACAUGCAUCUUAAAACAAUGUAUAAUUCAUAACUUCUUUAUAUAAUGGUAAAGAAACAUAUUUAGAAGUAAUUUUACAUGGUAAUGUUUUGUCAGUAAUCUCACACACUAAGCACCUCAUUAAGUUUGCAGCACUUUCUGAUUACGUCAUUUUGUGUUUUUGGUGGAUCUUCAAAGUCAGCCUUCAAAUGAGCUUAUUAAAAUAUGACUGACUGAAGGUAAUUCUGUGCCUCAACUUACUUACUAUAUUGAGCUUUUUUUCAUGUAUGGAUAGAGCUUAGCAUUUCUCCUUUGUGGACCAAUUAAACCUGAGAUGCAGGAGCAAGGAGGUUGGGGGGGGGGGGUCUCUGCAGCAGUGGGAUGUCUUAUGGGUCUUUACUGAUAAUUAUACUGUAGAUGGCCUUGCCCGGCCAAACAUCCUCCGACAGUUACCUCCCACAACUCGGUGAUAGUGCCUUGAGCACAAAUAAAUUUAUCUCUUAAGAAAGAACCGUCUUAAAAAACCAUAGUGAUAAAAACUAUAAUGAAAGGAAAAAGGGCCUCUUUCUCAGAGGGUGUAUAAAGUGAUGGACUGAAUAAAAGCACGGAAAAAGG